AUGCCCAACGACGACGCAUUCAGCAAGCCCUCGGCCCCGUCGGAGCCCCCGCACGCCUCCGGGGCACCGCCGCAGGGCAAGGCCGGGGGCUUCGGCAAAGGGGCCGGGGCGCUGCUGGGAACCUCCGGCGCCGGAGGCAGCGGCGGCGGCGGCGGCGGCGGCUCGGGGGCGACCGGCACGGGUGCCGGGAGCAAAAAGUCUCCGCGGCUGCCCAAGUGCGCGCGAUGCAGGAACCACGGCUACGCGUCGCCGCUCAAGGGCCACAAGCGCUUCUGCAUGUGGCGGGACUGCCAGUGCAAGAAGUGCAACCUGAUCGCCGAGAGGCAGCGCGUGAUGGCCGCGCAGGUGGCCCUGAGAAGGCAGCAGGCCCAAGAGGAGGAACUGGGGAUCAGCCACCCCAUCCCGCUGCCCACUGCGACCGAGCUGCUGGUCAAGAGAGAGAACAACGGCGGCAACGCGUGCCUGAUGACCGAGAGCGGCAGCUCCGCGCAGCCGCCGCCCCCGCCCCUGCCUCCGCCGCCGGUGGGCGCCCCCGCCAGUGCAGUUCCAGACGGGCGGAUGGUCAUCCAGGAUAUUCCUGCUGUCACCAGCAGAGGGCACGUGGAGAACGCACCUGACCUGGUUUCAGACUCCACCUACUACAGCAGCUUUUAUCAGCCCUCUCUGUUUCCGUACUACAACAACCUGUACAACUAUCCGCAGUACCCCGUGGCCUUGACUGCUGAAUCUCCUUCCGGGGACAUGGGAAACCCUCUUGGGGGAUCCCCGGUGAAGAACAGCCUUCGCAGCCUCCCAGCACCGUAUAUGCCUGGUCAGACAGGAAACCAGUGGCAGCCGAUGAAAACCUCAGAGAACCGCCACCCUGUGGGUUCCCAGUACAGGAUGCAUUCGUACUACCCAGCUCCCUCCUACCUGGGCCAGAGCGUGUCCCAGAUCUUCACUUUUGAGGAUGGCCCUCCCUACCCGGAAGCCAAAGCGAGCGUCUUCUCGCCCCCCAGCAGUCAAGAUUCGGGCUUGGUCUCCCUCUCCAGCAGCUCUCCCAUUAGCAACGAGAGCACAAAGGGAGUGCUUGAAUGUGAGCCCGCCUCCGAGGCCAGCAGCUUUGCGGUCACUCCCGUCAUCGAGGACGACGAGUGAGCGGUGCCUUUGGUGGUUCACUUGGGAUAGCAGGCUUAUUCCAUGUACACACAGGGUUUGUUGUUACUAUUUUGCCUUGACUCAUGUCAACUUAACUGUUGAGAAAGUGUUUGCUUUAUACUCCUUUAGAUCUUAGCCCAGAGGCUAAAACACAUUUUAGAAUAGUUCAGGAUCGGUGACUACCAUCCCUAAGAAUUAAGUGGUUUGCUCAUGGAGUUAAAUAUUAAAUAGUAGUGUCCCUCAUGUUUUUUAUGACACUGGUUUACAUGUAGUUUUCAAGAAAUAUCGUAAUUCACUCAACUAAAGCAAUAUGUUUGCACCUAAAUGUGUCAUAAUUAGAUACUGUAGUUUGGAAAUGAAAUCUUAGGUGCUUUAGAUGUUUUUGAAUUUUAGUGUUUUAAUAAAACGUUAAAAAACAUAAAUUUAGCCUGACUGGUGAGAAGGAAACAGCAAAGUUUGUGAUUGUUUUAGAAAUCUGCAGAAAUGGAAAUACUGUGUGUUUGUGUUGCUGUUGGUAAAGCCUACCCCCAACCUCAUCCCCAAAACAUGUACCCUUUCCAAAACAUGACUGAAAUGCCAUCAGAAGAAAAAGUCAUGCCCGUAGGAAUUGCUGCCUUUUCUGUAAAGAGUACAUUGAAAACAGUACAAUUUAAAGUCACCCCAGUAAGGCAGAGUUCCUGGGUGUUGUUUCUAGAAUAGUAUCAGAGGUUUAUCAUACACAUUCUUUCUACUACAGGAAAAAAAAAUGGAUGCAAUCUAGAUUAUUUUGUAACCUUCGGUUGUAGUCUGAUUUGAAAAUAAGUACAUCUUUAAAAGUCACUAGAUAUUUCUGAGUUCAUUAUUUUGUUAAAAAUUGCUUGUGGAAUACUUCCUUAUGUAACAGAAAUGAAACCAGUCUUUAAAAAAUUCAUUGUUUUGUGUAGUUGCAGCUGUACCUGAAAAUA